AUGGCUCUCGAUCGAGGUCAGUGGGAAAAGGAGCUGCACGACCAGUUACCCCUGCUGGGUUGCUCACCUCAGAGGAGAGCUGAGGAGUUGGACCUGAAGGAAGCGGUCGUCCUCUGCCAGAGCUCGUACAGAGGAAUGCUAGACCUAAGCGAUGAGGUUCUAGUUCUCAUCGUGCGGCUUCUAGACCCAGUGUCCUUGCUCAAUGCUGGGAGGACUUGCAGAGCGCUCUUUCGAGUCUGCAGUUGUAGCUCCCUGUGGACACGCCAUUGCCAGAAGUUCUUUGGGUUUGCGUUCAACACUGCCACCUCUUUCAUCGCACCCAAGGAUGCUUUCAGACUCCUUCAUAUGUGGAAGAAGUUAUACAGAACUUUGCCCUGCAACAGAUCUCUCCAGGAGAAACUAUUUACUGAACUUCCUCUUAGAAAAUACUGGAUUCAAUGGUUGGUCCUGGAAGAGAUGGUGCCAUUGCCUUCAGUUAAACUUCCAGAUUAUGACAUUGAACAACUUUGGGGAAUUAAAAAGGAUGCUCUUGAAGAAACACACAAAGAAGAGCCUGAGGAGACCAGUACAGACUGCAUUUUCAAGUAUGACUGGAGAGAAUUGUACAACCUUACAAUAACACACCAUGGUGGUUUUGGUAAUGUCCUGCAAUACGUUCUUAAUCAGCAGAUGGAUAAUGAUCAUGGAGAGCUGGAGGGAAUGUAUCGCCUGUACUAUCGGUUCAGAUUCCAGUGGCAGUUUUCCCACUGGUUGUUUAAACAGCCAAAGCCAAUUGACAAACAGCUGCGGACAAUCUACCUCCAGUGGAAGAAGUACAAUAAGCGUAAGAUUUCCUGCUGGGGCACGGCUGUAUGUGAUGUAAAGUAUCUUGUUUCCCUACAUCACAUCACCAGCGAUUACUGGAAAGGAAAACUGGCGAAAGGCGAUGAGAACAUUGGCAUUCAGACAGUGGAGAACUAUUUCUCAAUGUGCAAGUCCUUGACAGCGUGGAUUCUGGGACGUGACUGGGGAAGAUUAAAAUGUAGAAAGGUGUAUCAUGACACACUGGAGGGAGUGUAUAGGGUGCUGAAGAAGGAGAUGCACUCUACAUUGAUUGAUCAUGAACACUUCUGGCAAGUUGCCAAACUUCAGAUGGCAAGAGUGUGUAAGCUGGAAGAGACAGCUGUGAACUAUGUCAACUGGAAAAUGAUUGAUUCUGUGCCUUAUUACAGACUUUACAUGGUGUCUGGAAACUCUGUCUACCUGGACCACAUAAAGGGAUUCCUGCAGCGGAAAAGAUUGGUAAACAACUGGAUUUGUCAGGAAGAAAACGUCUGGGUCAGACACCUUCUGCCAGAGGAGUUGUACCAGCUUCUGGAGUUUGACACCAAGAUAUCUGAAGGCAACCUUCAUGGCGACACCCUCUCUGCCCAUCUGAGUCGAAUCAUCUGGUUGUAUUUGCAUUCUGGUCAGCAAUUGUAUAUGGAGGCUGUAAAGGGCUUUGUUCUUGAAUGUGCACAAGCAAGCCUGGGAUAUUACACAUCGGUUACAUCAGGCUUUUAUACUCUGUUUGUUCAUUUGAACUAAGCUGCUCUUUUAGUACCAGGACUACUUGCUGCUGUUUAUUGGAUUUAAUGUUAUGAUUGAGAAUUGAU